AAUGUCCACAUGCUUUCAUUUCAAAGUCCGCCAUAGGUUAUCAAAGCUGCAGCUUACGGGGAACGGACACAAUAUACUAUAAAGACUUUAUAGACUUGUUCCUUCAUCAGUGGCGUAUCUUAAAACUGAAUUCGACAGGCAAUAGCAUUAACAGUUCCGGCUGUGAUAUAAGGCAGGUAACAGAGGAGGCUAUCCGGAGCAUGAUGAACGGAACAAAAUAGCUGAUGUCAAAAUAGAUCGUCACGAUGCGCAUCAGUGGAAGAGUUCGGAUUCUCGGGGCCCUGCUGUCUGUGCUCGGACUGUACGCGCUCUUAGAGCUGGGCAUUCUCGGCUUUCAGUGUCCACAUUCUGAACAGCCAUCACAGAACAGCCGCAAACUAAUCCCAGAAAACACAGAACAGGAAAAUACCCAAGUAUCUGUUCACUUUACCUCAGACACCAACAAGCCAAGCACCGGGUUCAGAAGACUUCGGUUAAGAGAGCAAGAUGAGGAUAGAACAACAACCUCCCAAAGCGAAAUAAAUAACCUUAAUUCGGUUUUAAAAGAGGUGUUAUCCAAGGUAAACAGACUAGAGGACCUUGCGAAGGAAGAUAGGAAUAGAAGUAAAGCUCUGAUUGCCCGCCAGGACAAUUUUUUACGUGACAGAGAAGCUGACAUGAAGAAGGAGAUGUUGAGUAGGAGGCUGAAACAGCAGGCUGCUGACAGCGACAUGUUUCAGUGGGACGGGAGAAGAGCACCACCGCACGUCCUCACCGUUCCUGUGGGUCCCGGAGAGAACGGUAAGGCCACGUACAUCCACGGCCGGGACACGCGACAGGCGGCCGAGGAGCUGCACAACCUGUACGGGUACAGCGUGCUGGUCAGUGACGUCAUCAGCCUGGAUAGGAAGAUUCCUGAUCAACGAAACAAAUUGUGCCUGCAUGAAAUGUACCCGGAUGACCUGCCCCAGGUAUCGGUAGUGAUGAUCUUCCACAACGAGGCGCUGUCCGUGGUGCUUCGGUCCAUCCACAGCGUCAUCAGCCAGUCCCCUCCCCACCUCAUCGGGGAGAUCAUCCUGGUGGACGACUCCAGUGACAAACCUGACUUGAUGUUUCCUCUGGAAGCCCACAUCUCGACCAACACCAAACUGCGGGACAAAGUAAAGAUCCUGAGAAACCCUAAACGGGAGGGUUUGAUCCGGUCCCGUCUGAAGGGUGUGCAGCAGGCCCAGGGCCCGGCUAUCGUCUUCCUGGACUCGCACAUUGAGUGCACGCCUGGAUGGUUGGAGCCUUUGCUGGCACGAAUACGGAAGAACAACAGCACCGUAGCGUGUCCAGUUAUCGACCACAUCGAUACCAAAACAUUUGCUUACGAACAGCUGAAGUUCUUAGCCGGUGGCUUCACGUGGGAUCUCAACUUCAUGUGGAUAUACGUCAACAAAGAAGAAAUGGCGAGACGUAAAUCAGCCAUAGAUCCAGUAAGAUGCCCUGUCAUGGCCGGCGGACUCUUCGCCAUCUACAAGGAUUACUUCCAACACAUCGGCGCCUACGACCAGGCCAUGGAGAUAUACGGGGGAGAAAACGUCGAGAUGUCUUUUAGGGUGUGGCAGUGUGGUGGUCGGAUUGAGACGGUUCCAUGUUCGCGGGUAGGACACAUAGAGAGGACGGAUAAGCCUUACCUGUACGUCCGGUCUAACGACACCAAGGACAUCAACAUAGAAGUCAACAAGGCGCGCGUGGCAGAGGUGUGGAUGGAUGAGUACAAGAGAUACCUGUACGCUAGAGAACCCCAACUCAAGAACAUUUCAUACGGUGAUAUCAGUGAGCGCCAGGCCUUGAGGAAACGUCUUGGGUGCCAGAGUUUCCAGUGGUACAUGGAAAAUGUCUACCCGGACCGACUGGAACAGACUGUGGAAAAUGGGUACUACAGGGCCUGGGGCGAGCUACGGAACCUCCAGGCUGGCCUGUGUUUAGACCUCAUGGACGGACGUGGAGUAGGACUAUGGGACUGUCAUGGUCAGGGUGGACAGCAGUUUUUUGCCUUACGAAGACCGGAGAAGAGAAAAGCGCUACAGACCAUAGGAACAGGCGACAUGCAGUGUAUGGGUACCGAGGGUACCGAGAGGUUUGAAUCGCCCAUCAUCAAAUACUGUCAUAAUGGACUUCACGAGAGUUGGUAUCACAACGGCAAGGGUGGAAUACUGCUGAACAUGGAAACUGGUCUCUGUUUAGACGUGGGUCAAAACGCCACCUCAGGAACGAGAGCGUUUGUUACCAACUGCACCAAGACAGCCUCUCAGUCUUGGGCAUUCUCAGAGUACUUUAUACCAUAACGCUGAUUUUUCGUAAAAUACAAGAGGGUUGAAAUGUCGUCGGAUCUCACGGUGCCGACUUCAAUUUGCAAUAUGUUGACUAAUUAGGUGACGACUUGUUUUUAUCGUCCCUUUCACAAUCCAUAUGUCUGCGCAUGUAACCUGAAAGAAAGCUGGUACACAGCAUUUUCUCGUUAAGAAAAGAGAUAUAGAGUUAACCCAAGUUUUCCAUGACUAAAUGUGACACAGAUCUAUAUGUGCACAAUGCAUAAUCUGAUGGAAUAAAUUUUUAUUACCAAA